GUUUGGCCGAGGCAUGUGCCGAGGUGAUCUGGGACGACCACGACGAGCCGAAAACGAACAAGUAGAUAAACACUUCGCUCCCGGAGACCGCGGAGUAUAUUUCUUGUCUUAUUCUGCUCUUUCUUUCCUCAUUAUACCCUCAAAAGAGCUUCUUCCCUCAAAGAGCUUCUUACUACACCGGCUUCUUCCAACACCGGUUUCUUCCUACGCUGGUUUCAACUAUACCCAUUGAAACAUGUCGGAAAUCAGAUACGAUGGCCAGGUCGUGGUCGUAACGGGGGCAGGUGGAGGCCUUGGAAAGGCAUAUGCGACCUUCUUUGGUUCGAGAGGUGCCAGCGUCGUGGUGAACGACUUGGGCGGAUCGUUCAAGGGCGAAGGCGGAGCAUCCACAAGAGCUGCUGAUGUAGUUGUCGAGGAGAUCAAGGCUGCUGGCGGCAAGGCCGUUGCCAACUACGACAGUGUCACAGACGGUGAGAAGAUCAUCGAGACGGCCAUCAACACUUUCGGCCGCAUCGAUGUCCUCAUCAACAAUGCCGGUAUCCUCCGUGAUAUCAGCUUCAAGAACAUGAAGGACCAGGACUGGGACCUGAUUAUCGCCGUCCACGUUAAGGGCUCAUACAAGUGCGCCAGGGCCGCAUGGCCGCAUUUCCGCAAGCAGAAGUACGGACGUGUUAUCAACACCGCCUCUGCAGCUGGUCUCUUUGGCUCCUUCGGCCAGACCAACUACUCCGCCGCCAAGCUUGCCCUGGUUGGCUUCACCGAGACCCUGGCCAAGGAGGGCGCCAAAUACAACAUCAAGGUCAACGUUAUUGCGCCAAUUGCCGCAUCCCGCAUGACCGAGACCGUCAUGCCCCCGGACAUGCUCGCAAACCUCAAGCCGGAGUGGGUUGUGCCGCUCGUGGCCACUCUCGUCGACAAGGAUGCCGAGGAGACCGGUUCCAUCUUCGAGGUCGGUGGUGGACACAUCGCUAAGAUCCGCUGGGAGAGAUCCUCGGGAGCACUCCUGAAGGCUGAUGAUUCCUACACCGCUGGCGCCCUGCUCGCCAAGUGGGACGAUGUCAACAACUUCAAGGAGGCCGAGUACCCAUCUGGCCCCGCCGAUUUCCUCAGCUUGUUGGACAAGUCUAUGAAGCUGCCCUCCGCCCCCAAGGCUGAGGCCCUCGACUUCAGCGGAAAGGUCGUCCUCAUCACCGGUGCCGGAGCUGGUAUCGGCCGCGCAUACGCUCUGGCAUUCGCCAAGCUCGGCGCUAAGCUCGUCAUCAACGACCUUGUCAACCCAGACACCGUCGUCCAGGAGAUCCAGAAGCUCGGUGGCACCGCUGUCGGUGUCAAGGCACCUUGCGAGAACGGUGAGGAGGUUGUCAAGGGCGCCAUUGACGCCUUCGGCCGCAUUGAUGUCGUCGUAAACAACGCUGGUAUCUUGAGGGAUAAGGCUUUCGCCAACAUGGAUGACAAGCUCUGGGACCCAGUCAUGGAUGUCCACCUCCGCGGUACCUACAAGGUCACCAAGGCCGCAUGGCCAUACUUCCUUAAGCAGAAGUACGGACGUGUCAUUAACACUACCUCCACCUCCGGUAUCUACGGAAACUUUGGCCAGGCCAACUACGCCGCUGCUAAAUGCGGUAUCCUUGGUUUCUCCCGCGCUCUUGCCCGUGAGGGUGCCAAGUACAACAUCUACGUCAACACCAUCGCCCCCAACGCCGGAACCGCCAUGACCCGCACCAUCAUGCCCGAGGAGAUGGUCCAGGCCUUCAAGCCCGACUACAUAGCACCCCUCGUCGUCCUGCUCGCCAGCGACAAGACCCCCAACCCAACCGGUGGCCUCUACGAGGUCGGCUCCGGAUGGGUCGGCAGCACCCGCUGGCAGCGUACCGGCGGUGCCGGCUUCCCCGUCGACGUCGUCCUUACCCCUGAGGCCGUUCGCGCGGAGUGGGCCCGCAUUGUCAACUUCGACGACGGACGUGCCGACCACCCAGACAGCCCGGCUGAUGGCCUCAAGAGCAUCAUGGCCAACAUGGAGAACAAGUCUAGCAACAAGAAAGCCAAGAAGCCCGCCCGCAAGUCCGAGCCCAACCCCGAGAUCCUCGCCGCCAUCGAGGAGGCCAAGAAAGCCAAAGCCACCGGCACCGAAUUCAAAUACGAAGAGCGCGACGUCUCCCUCUACAACCUCGGCAUCGGCGCCCUCCGCACCGAGCUCCCCUACAUCUUCGAAGGCUCGCAGGACUUCCAGGCCCUCCCAACAUUCGGCGUCAUCCCCCCCUUCUCCGCCGAGGCCCCCUUCGACAUCUCCGCCAUCGUCCCCAACUUCAACCCCAUGAUGCUCCUCCACGGCGAGCAGUACCUCGAGAUCCGUCAAUUCCCCAUCCCCACCUCCGCCACCCUCGUCUCCUACCCGCAGCUCAUCGAGGUCGUCGACAAGGGCUCCGCCGCCGUCCUCAAGUCAGCUACCACCACCGUUGACAAGGCCACCGGCAAGGACGUCUUCUACAACGAGCAGACCGUCUUCCUCCGUGGCUCCGGCGGCUUCGGCGGCAACCCUAAGGCAGGCGACCGCGGUGCCGCCACCGCCGCUAACGCCAUCCCCAAGCGCGCACCCGACGCUGUCGUCGAGGAGAAGACCACCGAGGAGCAGGCUGCUAUCUACCGUCUGAGCGGUGACUACAACCCUCUUCACGUCGACCCCGAGUUCGCUGCCAUGGGUGGCUUCAAGGAGCCUAUCCUCCACGGACUCUGCUUCUUCGGUAUUGCGGGUAAGGCGGUCUACAAGACCUAUGGCGCGUUUAAGAACAUCAAGGUUCGCUUUGCUGGAACUGUGACGCCUGGCCAGACCCUUGUUACGGAGAUGUGGAAGGAGGGGAAUAAGGUUAUCUUCCAGACCAAGGUCAAGGAGACGGGCAAGUUGGCGCUGGCUAGCGCGGCGGUUGAGUUAGCUUAGAAGAACUGAGUGUAAUGAUUUUGUGAAUGGAGUGUAGAAUUAGCUUAGUUUGAUGUUUAAAGAAUUUCAUAUAAGUACUGUC